UUAAUUCCGGUCUCUUAUUCCGACGUUUUUCCGAUGGAUAGACACAUACAGCGACUGCUUAACCGGAUAUCGUUGGCCUUCGCCGUUGCCGGAACCCUAGCCCUCUUCCACGUCUUCUUCAAGACCUCCGUUUCCUGCUCCUAUUCCGGCCACAACCUCCACCACCACGAUACCCUAACCCAGACCAUAUCCCACUCCCCAUUUCCCCGCUCCUCCUGCGACGCCGCCUCCCGCCCCACCCUCCUCCCCGACCGCCGCUUCUCCCGGAUCCAAUCCUCCCGCUCCUGGCGCCGUGGCGUCGCCGCUCUCUCCUCCCUCUUCCUCCGCCUCCGCACCGCCCACCUCCUCUCCAACUCUUCCCGUAUCCUCUGUGUCUCGUCUGGCGCCGGCCACGAAGUCGCCGCCUUUCGUGAAUCGGGCGUCGUGGAUGUCACCGGGGUCGAUCUCAUCGACUUCCCCCCUCUUGUCAGCCGCGCCGACCCCCACAAUCUUCCUUUUUUUGACAACGUGUUUGAUCUCGGAUUCAGUAGAGGGCUUUCCGGGGCGCUAUUCCCGGUGAGGUUUGUUGGGGAGCUGGAGCGCACGGUGCGCAAAGGCGGUGCUGUGGCGUUGGUCGUGGAACGGUGCGGCUCGGAGGAGGAAGUGGCGAGCGUGAAAGGCUUGUUCCGGAAAUCAAGUCUCGUGGAGGUGAGCAACAUUACGUUAAGUGAUUCUCAAAUGACUUUGAUUGUUAUGAGAGUUAAUGGAUUGUCUCCUUGAUUUUCAAUUCUUUCAUAUAUGUUUGUCACCUGUAUAUCUGGAUUCAUUUGUACCAAUUUAAUUCAUUGUUCUGCAUCAAAAAUACCAUACAACAUUUCCGUUA